AUGUGCAAACGCUACCCUCUCGAAUGCGCGAUGCCCAAUUGCCUCAACACCAUCCCUCCACACUACAUCUGGGGCGAGAGCUGCUACCAAGCCACGACCCAUGACAGGGGAGUAAAGCGGCACUACAUUCCUGGCGUCAAACCCUCAGGGUACUGCGGUUUCACACAGGUCAUGGAGCCGUACAAGCAUCCGUAUAUGAUGUGUGAGUUUCAUUACGAGCAGCGGAACAAGGAAGAAGAGGAGAAGAAGAAGAAAAAGAAGAAAGAGGAAGAGGAGGAAGCAAAGAAGAAGCAGUUGAAAGACAGGGAGAGGGACGGGCUACCGAGGGGCAUGGGGCACUUGAUUGACUGAGUAUU